AUCCCUAGAAAUGGUGAAGAGGAAUAGCGAGUGCUAAUGGCGACUACCUCGCUCUCCUCCCUCACCGUCGCCUUCUCCUCUCUAUCCUUCUCUUCCCACGUCUCCUCUAGUAAUAAGACCUUAUACUCUCCUUGGAUACGACGUCGUCGGACCGCCUCGCCCCUUCGGUGGAACUCUCCCACCGCGAUCGCCUCCUCCACCGCCUCCUUCCCCAUCGCUGCCGUAUCCGGCGGUGCGGCUGUCUCCGCCGAGGACUUCGAGGGGGUGAGCCUCGAGAAGUACGUGAAGUCCCGGCUCCCUGGCGGGUUCGCCGCCCAGAGGCUCAUCGGGACCGGCCGGAGGAAGUGUGCCAUAGCUCGCGUCGUUCUCCAAGAGGGAACCGGGAAGUUUGUCAUCAAUUACCGUGAUGCUAAGGAAUAUUUACAGGGGAAUCCUUUGUGGCUGCAAUACAUCAAAACUCCAUUAUUAACCUUAGGUUUUGAGAGCAGCUAUGAUGUCUUUGUCAAAGCUCAGGGGGGAGGACUCUCGGGUCAGGCCCAGGCAAUUUCUCUGGGUAUCGCACGUGCUUUGCUUAAAGUCAGUCAGAACCACAGGUCUCCUUUGAAGAAAGAAGGUCUUUUGACUAGAGACUCGAGAGUUGUUGAAAGGAAGAAAGUUGGUCUGAAGAAGGCUCGAAAAGCUCCUCAAUAUUCGAAGCGUUGAAGUAUUAGCAUUUUGAUCAACUAUCUGCUACUUGAACUUAUUUCUUUGCAGGUUUUUUAAUAUAAUCCCAGCACACUCAGAUGUUUCUUUUCGGUUUGCCUAUUCUCUAACUUUGGUCGGAACCCAAACUCUCUUUGAGAUAGGCUUCUCCUUACUUGAGCUGGGAAAUGCAUCUGGCUUUUGUUUUCGAUGGACCAUGUGAUGUAGCGAAUUUCCAUUAUGCCCUAAUUAUUUGGGAAUACAUUAUCAUUCACAGCU